UUUUUAUUAUUUUCUGGUAACUAUAUAAAUUAAUAGAAAAAGCUUUCCUUAAUGCUUUGACAUUUUUGACAAGGAAAAAUUAUUUUUCUUUCGACACGUGAAAAAUAUUCAUGUAAAAGAUGAAAUCGCGUUAUAUUGUGAUUAUCUCGAAGGCUGGAUUUGUCAUAUCGAAAUUAAAACUCGGGAAGGGGUAGUCAGAGAAUUAGCUCAUCCCGGCUGUCUCCCGUUUCGCUUUGUGCUAUCCCAUCUUUCUAGGCAGUAACCGGCUGCUGGUGCUGCCUCUUUCAAGAAAGACCAAUGAAAUUGUCGCAGAUAAAACUUGUUUCUUCCAUACUUCGAAAGGAAGCGACAUUUCUUGCUGAAUUUUUAGCCCUCUUGUCGGAUAGCUCCACCAAAGUGAAGUGAUAUAUCUCGUUUGUCAUUCGUGAUUAGCUUUUUGUUUUAUUUUAUGUUUAUGACAUUUACGUAUUCAUUUUCUCGUAUCGCAAUUGUUAGAUAAACUAUCGCCCGCCAUUUGUUUUAAGUGUGCGUGGUUGUGGUUUAUAUCUUUUUUAUGUUGAUUUAUGUAGACUAAAUCUUUAGUAAAAACAAUUUUUUACUGAAUUUUUGCAAGUUACAAUUUUCAACUUUCUCUCUCUUUCUCUCAGUAUUUCUUUUCGUACAUUUUUAAAUAAAAUUUACAGUUUAAUGUUGUUAGUAUUGGCAGCAAUGAUUAUUAAUAAAAAUUCAUUUUGUAUGAUGUAUGUGUGUGUGUGCGCGCACCGUAUGCAUUUAUCGCAAUACUUGCGUUCUUGACGUCAAGUUCGCAUUCUCCGUACCGUGGAGAUUGACGGCUGUAUUUUAAACGCAGUAGAUCGGAUGUACGGGCGAUUAUAGUUCCGUAUGAUUUUUAAUAAACACCGAUCAGACAGCCAGAUGUAUCGUACGGUGCUUGACUCGACCCGAUACGAAGGACCACUCGUUCGGCUUAUAACGGUGCCACUCGUGACGCACAAAACUGACGGAUGGACAGACGUGCACUGUGCGUCGAACACAUAUUACGCGCGGGAGCGCACCGAACAAAGCUACGCCAUUGUUUCGUGCCGUCAAUAAUCCACUUGCCGUGACUUGGAGGACCCGGGCGCACGGUACGGGGGCGGCACAAUUGGAAAAAGGCGCGGAGGAACCCGGGAAACCGGGAGGCCCACCCUCCGCGAAGAAGAAAAGGGAAGACAAAUCGUCGGGGUUUUGCAGCCAACCGUUCGUUUAAGGAUCGAGUUACUCCUCGAAUAUCGUUGUCGCAUUUUUAUCGCCGACCUAGUCUGUAAUAUACUUUUGAAUGAAUGUCAAAGCAGUUCCACAUCAUGCCAAUUACUGAUGUAAAACGAUUCAAGAUGAAAUACUCAAAACAUAAAUAUAUAUUAUUAAUUUAUUGCGUUUACUUUUGUAACUGAGCCUUAUUUUUACUUGUAUUAUGCAUAUAAGACCUUUCUUUUUUAAUAACAAAAAGUAAUAAUUACAUUUUUUAAGGACCAGUGAGCAUGCGUUUAUUUUUAUUUUUUUUCUAAAUAAAUAAACACAUAUUUAUCUGAUAAGUAAGUUUACCAAGAAGUUGAACAAUCGGCCCUUAGAUAAAUAAGUUUUUAUGAUAGAGAGAUUUGUAAUUGAAACAAUAAUGUGCAUGAUGUGGAAUAAAAAUUAAAAUUGAGCUACAUAUUUUACAAAUUUUUUGAUUUUACAUUCUCUAAAGUAUUUUCUAGACGCUUUAAAAAAUUCAAGUUACUUCGCUUGACACUGCCAGCGUUCGUAAUUAUGAAAAUAGAGUGUAGUUAUAGUACUCUUUUAAAGGAGUCGAUGUUUCCGCACCAAUUUUCUUGGAAAGAACUUCUCGGAAAAAUUGAGAGAAAUCCUCGAUCUUCCAGUUCCAUGCAGAAAACUUCACGGACUACUCAACGGGACGGAAAGUAGUAAUUUAGACCUAAUAUUUAACAAUCUGCGCAAAUAUAUUUUACUAGUUCUGUUAAUACAAUAAGGUCAUCGUUUCCUUUUGUUCUCAAUGCUGCUAUGUAACAUUCAGUCGACAGAACUAAAGAACGAAAAUUGGAAACAGUGAUCUUUGGCACAGAAAAAUGUUUUUAUAUCUUAUAAUUGUUUUUUAUAAUUAUUUGCAAUUAGGAGUAGAGGAGAGUUGCCGAUUUACGAUAAUGAUAAGUUUAAUGAUAAAAAUAUUAAAUAAAUGAGAAAUGAAUAAUAUAGGAAAAAUUUAACAGAUUACGUCUUGUUGUGCGUGCUAACAUUACGUACUUUAAAAGUCAAGUGUAACUGAUAUUAAUUUUUAAUCAAUUUAUGUAACUAUAAUAUUAAGUGAUAUUUUUAUCAAGUUUAUCGAGUUUUUUAAAUUGAAUCUUUUGCAGUAUCUUUUGCAAAACAGUUUAUAAUAAUUUAUUAUUGAUAAAAGGUUAAAUAAAAAUUUAAACAUUAUAUUAAUAUAGAUACCUUGAAUUAACGUUUGUCAUACAAAUUAGUACCAAAUAAAAAAUAUAACAAAAAAUAAGUUAAGUGGUACACAUUCAGAACACUCUCCUCUCUCUCUCUCCACACUUUACAUCUAGUCUUAUUUGCGAUUUAUAUUAUACACUUAAUCAUAAUAUUAACUAUUCGUUAAGUAAAAAUACACAUAGGAAAAAAACCGCUACUAAGCUUCUUACUAAGCUUGUAGAAUCUGUAACUCGAAGUUAUAUUCGACUAAUUUGGAAUACUCUCUGUAGAAAUCACCAGGUACCGUAGAUAAUUGGCUCACUGAUAACGGGAGAUCUCUGCUUUCACGGCAAAACGCCGCGAAUUAAUCCGUCGUUUGUUUUUCGAGACGUCCAAUCGUCAAAAUGAUAAGCAAACAGCCAGAGCGCGCGUCGGAACCCGCCGCAUCCUGGGAUAUCGGCAUCGCCACCGCGGCAGGAAGCAGGAUCUCGGAGCGUUGGCAAUCGAAUGAUUAAAGGCGGCUCCGCUUCGGUUACUUCGCCUCAGUGUAGGGCGAAACUCCCGACGGAAAUCAGAAUCGUUGGCCAUCCAGGCGGAUUCCCUCUUUCUAGAUACCAAGGCUUCACUUCGUUUUCAUCCAUCUCUCCUCUCGUGCCUCUUCUUUCCCGCUCCGACUUAAGCCUCAACUCCCCCCUUAUCCUAGAAUUACCCCUCGAAGUCGUCCAGCCAUCCAACCCCGAGCUCCUUCUAAACUCUCUGCAUUCCUCUCGACAAACAGCGGGUUGCUCCAAGUAUCGGAACAGAGCUUUGGAACACGUUUCUCUCUCUAUUUCUCUCUCUCUCUCUCUCUCUCUCUCUCUCUCUCUUUUUGUUGUGUAAUAUAUGUAUAUAGAAAAAACACACACACACAUAUAUAUAUAUAUAUAUUUUUUUAAAUAUAAAACAUGUGUGAGUAUGUUGGGGAUGAGCGCUACGACGAAAGGGAAUAUCGAUUUAUAUAUAAAAGCUCACUAGCAAGAGUAUGCAAAUCGUUACAUUCUCUCAUCUCUUGGAUAUUACGUACGCGACCGAGAUGGUAAUGAUAAUUAAUAGCAAUUAUAUAUAUAUAUAUACAUCACCAAUGAUAUGCGACGCUUAAUGUGAGGUCUUUUAAUUUAGCAUAGAAUUUCAAAGAUCAACCGUAAUAUUAUGGAACAAUGAAAGGUGAAAUGUUCUCUCGGAAAAUUAAACGUCGUUUGUAUAAUUUUAAAUAUUAUUUUAUAUAACAUUGCGCUUUUCGCGUAUAUGCACAAAAGAAACAGUUUUGUUGAAAUAUUUAAAAAUUUAGCUACAGGACUGGAAAAAAUAAUUUUGUCGGACCAUCAAAAUAAUUGUAAAAGAAGUGCAAGCAUGAUGAGUGACGCUGCAAAAAAUUUUUGACGUUCUAGCAAUCAAUUUGACUUUGAUGGUUCAACAAAAUUAUAUUCAGAUCUCUGUCCAGGUUAAAUUAAAAAAUUUUUUAGCAUAGUCGUACUUUCUGUGUGUGUGUAUGUGGAUAUAUACGAAGCUUGCCACUUGUGAUAGAUACGUCAAACUUCAGCGAGCUUUGGCAUUUCACAUUUGUUGGCAUUAUGAAUGAUACGUCCAGUAACAACGAAUAUCUCGUAAUAAUUUUCGUAACAAAUCAAAAAUAAUGGUACGCCGAUCCACCCUCGUUUACGACCUGCUCCGUACUGAGCAGCCACCCGAUGGCUUUUCCAAGAAUGAGAUACUGACGCACAUCAGUGACAAAUAUGACAUUGCGGUCAGUAAAACUCUUCGGAGAGACGUCGCCGUUGCUUUGCGUCGCGGUCUGGACUUCGGUAUACUCGCUAAGAAGAGAAACAAAUUCAGGUAUAAUCCUGACUUUUUUUCAACUACAAGUUCGAGAGGCAAUGUCACCAGAAGGAAUACAAAGCCACGGAAGAGAGAGAGGAGCAGCAAGAAAAAGACAACCGGCAGAUCGAAUGCAAGUAAGGGACGACGACGGCAACGGAAACGAUCUCCGACUCCCAGCAAAGGUAGAGAUCGCAAACAAUCGAGCUCGGUACCACCUAAAUUGCCCAGACCGCCUUCGUGGUCGCCGAAAAGACGGCUCCUCAUCGACGAGCCUAUACCGAAAGUUAAACAUUCCUAAAUUGGAACACGAUCUCUUCAUUUAUAAUUUUUACCAAAUUAUUUAAUAUCCGUUAUAAGACAAAUAUGAAUCUCACAAUCAUAAAAUGAAACAUAAAAAGUAUAUUGAUAUAAUUGUAUUAAAUAUUAUAUAUUGUAUAACACAACAUUUUAUAUACUAUUUUUAUUUGUAACGCUAUGUAUUUGUGAGUACAUUUACACGCGUUGUAAAUCGUGUGAAAAUUAUAUCUUUUGAUAUAAAUAAAUUCUCUUUCUGUCUAUAUUCUUAU